CUUGUCAAGGGGGAGGUAAAAAGCCAUUUUGUUAUGUUAGCUAUGUGGCUACCGCCACAUCUCCAGUGGAAGAAUAACGAUGGAUACUUUGAGAUGGAAUAUUGCUUUUAAUUUGUUUCACACAUGGAAGUCUGAAAAAUAUAACAUUUAAUAUUUGCCAAAUUUUAAUAUGGGCCAGGGAGUGACGCGGCGUGUAUACUAAAUUGUUUGUUUCGCGUAUAAUUCCGCUAACUAAGGUUGGCUAGCUAACGUUAGCUGACUUGAACGAAAUAUAAUUUUCAGUUGUUCGGUUUAUCCAAAAGUUUCCUAAGUUUUAUGGCUUUGGUCUAGGUAUCUACUUCUGUGUCAGCGAGGGAUCGGACUAAUUGGUGCAUCGUGAAUGAUUUUAAGCAACAGGGUCAGAGUUGUAUAAUCUAACUUUAGGCUCGUUUGAGAGGACAAGCAGAAGUGCCGCUGACAGGCUAAAUUUAGCUAACAACUCUUCACAACAACGGCCCUCUGCAUUAUCUAAUAAUGGCAGAAGACAUACGACAGGACAAGAAAGCAAACUUCUCUGCUCUGACGGAGCACAACAACAACGGAGUGACGAGGACUUCUGGCCUGGCCUCCAACAAAGCUGGCGCCUCCAAGAAAUUAGUUAUUAAAAAUUUCAAAGGUAACGCGUGCUGAAUAGCUAGUUAACGUUAGCUAGCUAGCUAACCGUGAUAGGUAGCUAAACGUUAUUUAGCCGUUUGGCCUGACUAUCAACUAUAUGCUAGUAAUUGGCUAACUAGUUAACUCUACUUGUGUAACUUGUAACUCCUCAUAAAUUGCAGUGUAACUUGAGUUCAUAUUUUUAAGUUGUCCAUGAUAGCCAGCUGGGUAACCUAGGAAGUUUCCAGACCAUGUUAGCUUGUGACAUAUUUGAAGCAAUUAAUAGCCAUGGCAUGUAAACAACUGAAUAUUCCGUUGCAACCAGCCCUGGAAAUAUUACUCAACUCUGUUUACAUCAUCUAGCUAAUGACAUUCUUGCAGAAUAAAUAUAUCUAUUACAUUUUAGAAAACUGGACAUUUCCUGACAUUUGUUGACACUGUCCCUGCCAGAUGUUUACAAAUGGUUGAACAUGCAUUCAACUGUUUACAAACAAAGUUCAAAUUUCUCCUAGUUUAAGUGAGUUACCCAGCCAGAGGUGUAAAAAAACUGUCAUAUUGCAUUGAUUGUCUGUCCAUUUUGCUGUGCCUUGGUGUGGUGUAACGGUUGUGUGUUCCCAGACAGGCCAAAGCUAGCAGAGAACUACACUGAGGACACCUGGCUGAAGCUUAGGGAUGCAGUAGGAGCCAUCCAGAACAGCACCUCCAUCAAGUACAACCUGGAGGAACUCUACCAGGUCAGGCCUAAAGCAUCAAACAGACAGUGGUGCUUUCAGGACAUAAAACAAAUCACAUUUUAUUUGUCACAUACAAGUGUUUUGCAGAUGUUAUAGCAGGUGUAGCGAAAUGCUUGUGAUAUACUUGAGGCUACAGCCCUUAUUUUCCAUUCUAAAACAUAGGCCUAGUUCAUGUGUCCACCGGGCCUUGAUGACAUGACUAUAUCCAAGUCCCAGUAUUUCCAUGUGAAUAAUAUGUACCGAUAUGGGCACUUUACACUUUUCAUCUGUAUGAUGCCAUUAACUCCAGCUGUCUUGUCGUGUGAUCUGCUGGUUGUUGUCGUGUGAUCUGCUGGUUGCCCCAGCCAGUCUGGGUGGGUGGUGCCAACUGACACCCUAUUUAGGGUAUAUUUAGGGUAUAGGGUGUCAUUUGGAACGCAGCAUAGAUUUGGAGGUGGCAUCGGUCCUAGGACACUAUGCCUCUCUCUAAUCUCAAAGUAUUGGAGAGGAGCGCUGCCCCAUGCCAGCCAGCAGGUCCUGUAACUCACAUCAGCAGUCAGUCAGCAUACCUAACCACCAUCCUGUUGACUUGGCUAACCCUAUCACUCUGACCAUUCACCAUCCUGUUGACUUGGCUAACCCUAUCACUCUGACCAUUCACCAUCCUGUUGACUUGGCUAACCCUAUCAAUAAUUAUAAUAAUAAUUGGUCAUUUAGCAGACGCUCUUAUCCAGAGCGACUUACAGGAGCAAUUAGGGUUAAGUGCCUUGCUCAAGGGCACAUCGACAGAUUUUUCACCUAGUCAGCUCGGGGAUUAGAACCAGCGACCUUUCGGUUACUGGCACAACGCUCUUAACCACUAAGCUACCUGCUGCCCUUAUAGGACUCACUCUGACCAUUCACCAUCCUGUUGACUUGGCUAACCCUAUCACUCUGACCAUUCACCGUCCUGUUGACUUGGCUAAACCUAUCACUCUGACCAUUCACCAUCCUGUUGACUUGGCUAACCCUAUCACUCUGACCAUUCACCAUCCUGUUGACUUGGCUAACCCUAUCACUCUGACCAUUCACCAGCCUGUUGACUUGGCUAACCCUAUCACUCUGACCAUUCACCAUCCUGUUGACUUGGCUAACCCUAUCACUCUGACCAUUCACCAGCCUGUUGACUUGGCUAACCCUAUCACUCUGACCAUUCACCAGCCUGUUGACUUGGCUAACCCUAUCACUCUGACCAUUCACCAUCCUGUUGACUUGGCUAACCCUAUCACUCUGACCAUUCACCAUCCUGUUGACUUGGCUAACCCUAUCACUCUGACCAUUCACCAGUCUGUGGACUUGGCUAACCCUAUCACUCUGACCAUUCACCAGCCUGUGGACUUGGCUAACCCUAUCUUGUAACUUAUCUGUGUGUGUGUCCUAUAAACAGGGUGGGAUAACUUACAGAAUUUAGGAAUGCUUAGUAUGUUUCCCUCUGUCUCUCUCUCAACUCUGUUUCAGGCAGUGGAGAACCUGUGCUCCUAUAAAGUCUCCCCCACACUCUACAAGCAGCUCCGUCAGGUCUGUGAGGACCAUGUCCAGGCCCAGAUACACCAGUUCAGAGAAUAUCCUUUACACUGUGUAUGUCUUUGUGUGUGAAAGUGCGCAUGUGUGUGUGGAUGUUAUAAAAUCCUGUUUGAUAGAUUUCAUGUCGAGACUUGAUAAGAACGUCUGUGUCCUGUACGAUGCCACAUGACAGUGGCUCCUCUGAGAAGAUGCACAUGUUUUAUAACUAUCUCUGUAACAUAAACAUGUUUUUUUUUUUAAAUAGUUGAUUUGUAUGCUGCACCGUUGGCCUGGGUCUCCCUGAUAACACUUGUUUAUCUGGUUAGUUGUGACUGGGGGGCCUAAAAGGAACCUGGCAGCCUCAUGUCAUAGAGCUGUAUUUCAGCAGGCUGCUGUGUAGUAGUUGUGAGACUUAUCCAGAGACUUACAGGAGCAAUUAGGGUUAAGGUGCCUUUCUUAAGGGCACAUCAACAGAUUUUUUUCACCUAGUCGGCUCAUGAAUUCGAACCAGUGACUUUUCGGUUACUGGCCCAACGCUCUUAACUGCUAGGCUACCGGACGCCCAGGGGGCACUUUGGACCUCUUCCAACAGCUAGCUGCGCACAGCGACACACUGCUUGGACUGAUGGCAAAUAAAAAAACUAUGAACAUCCCUGUAAUGGUGUUCUCUAUAAACUGACUACACAGUUUUUAGUCGUCAGAAGGAUGUGAUGUUUUUUUAACCACAACCUGGUGCGAGCAAAGGCACCCUCCAAAGAGAUAGUUUGACUGUUGUGUUUUAUUGAAUUGAGGCCCGUUCCUUAACCUUAACAUCUCACAGAGUCCCUGGACAGCCUGUCUUUCCUGAAGAGGAUGAACCGAUGCUGGCAGGACCACUGCAGACAGACGGUUCGUCAGACAGCCUUUUUCAUCUCACCUUUGACCUUUGUUUAUCAUGUGACAUUUAAUCUGUCUGAAAUGUAUGUUGUAGAUUAAUAUAAUGUAUGUUUGUAAUGUGUAACCUUGUUUACUACAGAUCAUGAUCCGGAGUAUCUUUCUGUUCCUGGACCGUACCUACGUGCUUCAGAACUCCCUGCUUCCCUCCAUCUGGUAAGAGCCCUGUCCACUAGCUAUUAGGAAACAUACAUUCGUCCGUUCUCAGUGGCAAACGGCUUUUCCUGUUCUGUGAUGGUGAGCAUUUCAUUAUGGCCUUAACGUGACCAUGGCUGCGUCUGAAAUGGCACCCUAUUCACUAUUUAGUUCACUACUUUUGACUAGGUCCUAUCUGGGCAAAAAUAGUUAUAUGUAGGAUAUAGGGUGCCAUUUGGAAUGCAACCCAUGUGUUUGUCCUAUGACCGUGACCAUUACUGUUCAUCAUGACCGUGUGUGUUCCACAGGGAUACUGGGCUGGAGCUCUUCCGGACCCACAUCGUGAGCGACGGGGCAGUCCAGAAACGUACCGUCGACGGGAUCCUUGAGCAGAUCGAACGUGAACGCAACGGAGAGACCGUGGACCGCAGCCUUCUCCGCAGCCUUCUGGGCAUGCUCUCAGACCUGCAGGUGAUUGGUCAAUUCUUCAUGGGGCUUGUUUUACCAUUGGCCAAUCAAAUGUAAAACUUUUGUUCCAUAGGCAGAUAGUAUGUAGAUUGUCUGAUCUCCUGGCGUAAUCUAUUGUCUCUCUCCUCAAAUCUGUGUAGAUUAUCUGGAGAUCUCCUGGUGUAAUCUGUUGUCUCUCUCCUCAGGUGUAUAAAGAGUCGUUUGAGGAGCGGUUUCUGAUGGAGACUAACAGACUGUAUGCUGCAGAGGGACAGAGGCUGAUGCAGGAACGAGACGUGAGUGACCGCUGUCAAUCAAAUGCAUUUAAUCCCAUAUUAUGAUCAUGCCCCUAUAUAUGUAGCAUAUCUGGGUUUCCCCUAUAAAGGUAGCAUAUCUGGGUUUCCCCUAUAUAGGUAGCAUAUAUGGGUUUCCCCUAUAUAGGUAGCAUAUCUGGGUUUCCCCUAUAUAGGUAGCAUAUCUGGGUUUCCCCUAUAUAGGUAGCAUAUCUGGGUUUCCCCUAUAUAGGUAGCAUAUCUGGGUUUCCCCUAUAUAGGUAGCAUAUCUGGGUUUCCCCUAUAUAGGUAGCAUAUCUGGGUUUCCCCUAUAUAGGUACAUACUUGGGUUUCCCCUAUAUAGGUAGCAUAUCUGGGUUUCCCCUAUAUAGGUAGCAUAUCUGGGUUUCCCCUAUAUAGGUAGCAUAUCUGGGUUUCCCCUAUAUAGGUAGCAUAUCUGGGUUGCCCCUAUAUAGGUAGCAUAUCUGGGUUGCCCCUAUAUAGGUAGCAUAUCUGGGUUGCCCCUAUAUAGGUAGCAUAUCUGGGUUGCCCCUAUAUAGGUAGCAUAUCUGGGUUGCCCCUAUAUAGGUAGCAUAUCUGGGUUGCCCCUAUAUAGGUAGCAUAUCUGGGUUGCCCCUAUAUAGGUAGCAUAUCUGGGUUGCCCCUAUAUAGGUAGCAUAUCUGGGUUGCCCCUAUAUAGGUAGCAUAUCUGGGUUUCCUCUAUAUAGGUAGCAUAUCUGGGUUUCCCCUAUAUAGGUAGCAUAUCUGGGUUGCCCCUAUAUAGGUAGCAUAUCUGGGUUUCCCCUAUAUAGGUAGCAUAUCUGGGUUUCCCCUAUAUAGGUAGCAUAUCUGGGUUUCCCCUAUAUAGGUAGCAUAUCUGGGUUUCCCCUAUAUAGGUAGCAUAUCUGGGUUUCCCCUAUAUAGGUAGCAUAUCUGGGUUUCUCCUAUAUAGGUAGCAUAUUUGGGUUUUCCCUAUAUAGGUAGCAUAUCUGGGUUUCCCCUAUAUAGGUAGCAUAUUUGGGUUUCUCCUAGUGACGGUCAUAAGUGUGGUCCUCUGUAGCUCAGCUGGUAGAGCACGGCGCUUGUAACGCUAAGGUAGUGGGUUCGAUCCCCGGGACCACCCAUACACAAAAAAUGUAUGCACGCAUGACUGUAAGUCGCUUUGGAUAAAAGCGUCUGCUAAAUGGCAUAUUAUAAAUUAUAUUAUAAGUGACGCGUGUGUGUGUGUGUCCAGGUGCCAGAGUACCUGCAUCACGUGGCUCGUCGGUUGGAUGAAGAGAACGAUCGUGUCAUCAGCUACCUCGACCAAAGCACUCAGUAAGACCCGCCUCUUCCUCCACACCCCUUAGACUGACAGGCCUGUGCUCCAGUCAGACUAACACCUUAGACUGACAGGCCUGUGCUCCAGUCAGAGUACACUAGAUCAUCUCACAGAUUUGAACCUCUUCACGUUCUCUUUCACCCCCCUCCAUCUGUCAUCUCUCUUCUCUCUCUCUCUCUCCUCUCGCUUCCCUUUCUCUCUCCUAUCUGUUUGUAUUCAACAGGAAGCCACUUAUCUCUAAUGUAGAGAAGCAGCUGCUUGGAGAACACAUGACGGCCAUCUUACAGAAAGGUAUCUACCAGCAGUGUGUGUGUGUGUGUGUGUGAUAUUGACCCUCUCCUCCAGGUCUCAGUAUUCUGGUAGAUGGUAACCGUGUGAUAUUGACCCUCUCCUCCAGGUCUCAGUAUUCUGGUAGAUGGUAACCGUGUGAUAUUGACCCUCUCCUCCAGGUCUCAGUAUUCUGGUAGAUGGUAACCGUGUGAUAUUGACCCUCUCCUCCAGGUCUCAGUAUUCUGGUAGAUGGUAACCGUGUGAUAUUGACCCUCUCCUCCAGGUCUCAGUAUUCUGGUAGAUGGUAACCGUGUGAUAUUGACCCUCUCCUCCAGGUCUCAGUAUUCUGGUAGAUGGUAACCGUGUGAUAUUGACCCUCUCCUCCAGGUCUCAGUAUUCUGGUAGAUGGUAACCGUGUGAUAUUGACCCUCUCCUCCAGGUCUCAGUAUUCUGGUAGAUGGUAACCGUGUGAUAUUGACCCUCUCCUCCAGGUCUCAGUAUUCUGGUAGAUGGUAACCGUGUGAUGGAGCUGGCUCUGCUCUACCAGCUUUUCAGUAAGGUGAAGGGAGGACUCCCCACUCUGCUGCAGCACUGGAGAGACUACAUCAAGGUACUUUCUCUCCUCUGUGUCUGUCUCUCUCCUCUCUGUCUGUCUCUCUCCUCUCUGUAUACUACUCUCUCUGAAACAUUUCUAUUGAUUCCUGUCUCACUGAGGUGUCUCCUAACAGAGUUUUGGUGGUGAGAUUGUGGGCACCCCAGAGAAGGAUAAGGACAUGGUUCAAGACCUAUUGGACUUUAAGGAUAAGAUGGACAACGUGGCCCAGGGCUGUUUCAACAGGAACGAGAGCUUCAUCAAUGCUAUGAAGGAGGCCUUCGAAGCCUUCAUCAACAACAGACCCAACAAACCUGCUGAGCUCAUUGGUGAGGACACGAGACUGCUGUGGGUGUAAAGAGCCAGAGCAGGAGAUAUUUAAAGGGUCCUGGAAUCUUAAAACAAAGGACUUUUGCUCCAUUGCUUAAGAUACCAGUCAGGGGUCCCACACCAGUUAUGUUUGAGUGUUUCCUGUAUGUUUUAUCUAACUGGUGGUGUCCUGUCUCUAUGGUGGUGUCCUGUCUCUGCACAGCGAAGUACGUGGACUGUAAAUUGCGGGCGGGCAACAAGGAGGCUACAGAGGAGGAGCUGGAGAGAAUUCUAGACAAGAUCAUGAUCAUCUUCCGCUUCAUCCAUGGGAAGGAUGUGUUUGAGGCCUUUUAUAAGAAGGACCUAGCCAAACGCCUGCUGGUGGGGAAGAGUGCCUCGGUGGACGCUGAGAAGUCCAUGCUGUCCAAACUCAAACACGGUAAGUUGUCCAAACUUCAACACUGUAUGAUAACAGGAUACAAUGCAGUGAUCUCCAAAAUCACAAGUUUGUCACCAUCACAUGUUAUGGUAUCUGUGUUGUGGCAAGCUUUGUCUGUGGGCAGGGCCAGAAAGUAACUUGUUGGUCUACCAGCCACUGGCAGGUAGAUAAAAAAAAUCUACCUGCCACUCCAGUUUUUUUAACCUUCGUAAUGUUUCUAAAACAAUAAAUGUAUUACUAGUAAGCAGUGAUGUGGUAUAUUGCUAAUAUUUAUUUCAUUUUGUGACCCAAGUCUUUUAACCAAAAUAUCUCAGAUGAGAAGGAUGUUAAGCUGCCCCUUUUAAGGGCGGGAGGUUACGGAGGCAGCGGUGGUACUCCAGCCGCUGGAGUGGUCAGUGACAGUGUGCCUGUGAGAUAUUAGACUACAUCAUCUGACUAGUAGCUGAUGUCUUCACUAGCAGUUGAAGCAAAGUCAAACAUUGAAAAACAACCUAGCUUGUGAACAAAACAAUGUAAAUGGCCAAGAAACACAAGGACAAAGUCUCACUUCAGUAGACUUUCCAGUAAAUUAGACAGACUUCUAUGCCUGUGUGCAGCGUGUCUAAAUCCCAGUGCUCACCGCUCCCCAGCCAGGCAGUGUUGCUGCGCGUCGCGGGAGAUAUACAGUGCUAUGAAAAAGGAUUUGCCCCCUUUCUAAUUUUCUCUACUUUUGCAUAUUUGUGAUACUGAAUGUUAUCAGAUCUUCAACCAAAACCUAAUAUUAGAUAAAGGGAACAUAAGUGAACAAAUAACACAACAAUUACAUAUUUAUUUCAUAAACAAAGUUAUGCAACACCCAAUUCCCCUGUGUGAAAAAGUAAUUGCCCCCUUACACUCAAUAACUGGUUGUGCCACCUUUAGCUGCAAUGACUCCAACCAAAUGCUUCCUGUAGUUGUUGAUCAGUCUCACGUCGCUGUGGAGGAAUGUUGGCCCACUCUUCCAUGCAGAACUGCUUUAACUCAGUGACGUGUGGGUUUUCAAGCAUGCACUGCUAGUUUCAAGUCCUGCCACAACAUCUCAAUUGGGAUUAGGUCUGGACUUUGACUAGGCCAUUCCAAAACUUCAAAUUUGUUGCGUUUUAGCAAUUUCAUGUAGACUUGAUUGUGUGUUUUUGGAUCAUUGUCUUGCUGCAUGACCCAGCUGCGCUGCUCAGACGUUGUCUGGUAAUGGAAACCGGUGAUUUUUACCCCUCCCUCCAGGCCCCCGUAUUCUGGAAAUGGAACCGUGUGUAUUGACCCCUCCCCUCCGGGUCUCAGUUUUCGGAAAAUUGGUACCGUUGAAAUUCCCUUUCCCCAGGUCCUUUUUCGGUAAUGGAAACCGUGUGAUAUUGACCCUCUCCUCCAGUUCAGUUUUCCCGGUGAUGGUAACCGUGUGUUUGCCCCUUUCCCUCCGUCUCUUAUUCUGGAAAGGGGUAACCGUGUGAAAUUGACCCUUCCUCCGCUCAGAUUCUGGUAUGGUAACCGUGUGAUUUGACCCUCUCCUCAGUCUCAUUUAUUCUGGUUUUUGUAACUGUAUAUUUGACCCUCCCUCCAGGUCUCAGUAUUCUGGUAAGGGUAACCGUGUGAUAUUGACCCUCUCCUCCAGGCCCUCAGUAUUCUGGUAGAUGGUAACCGUGUGAUAUUGACCCUCUCCUCCAGGUCUCAGUAUUCUGGUAGAUGGUAACCGUGUGAUAUUUGCCCCUCUCCUCCAGUCUCAUUGUCUGGUAGAUGGUAACCGUGUAAAUAUUGACCCUCUCCUCCAGGUCUCAGUGUUCUGGUUAGAUGGUAACCGUGUUAUUGACCCUCUCCUCCAGGUCUCAGUAUUCUGGUAGAGGGUAACCGUGUGAUAUUGACCCUCUCCUCCAGGUCUCAGUAUUCUGGUAGAUGGUAACCGUGUGAUAUUGACCCUCUCCCUCCAGGUCUCAGUAUUCUGGUAGAUGGUAACCGUGUGAUAUUGCCCUCUCCUCCGGUCUCAGUUUUCUGGUAGAUGGUAACCGUGUGAUAUUGACCCUCUCCUCCGGGUCUCAGUAUUCUGGUAGAUGGAAACCCCGUGUGAUAUUGACCCUCUCCUCCAGGUCUCAGUAUUCUGGUAGAUGGUAACCUGUGAUAUUGACCCUCUCCUCCAGGUUCUCAGUAUUCUGGUAGAUGGUAACCGUUGAUAUUGACCCUCUCCUCCAGGUCUCAGUAUUCUGGUAGAUGGUAACCGUGUGAUAUUGACCCUCUCCUCCCAGGUCUCAGUAUUCUGGUAGAUGGUAACCGUGUGAUAUUGACCCCCCUCCCUCCAGGUCUCAUAUUCUGGUAAAAUGGUAACCGUGUGAUAUUGACCCUCUCCUCCAGGUCUCAGUAUUCUGGUAGAGGGUAACCGUGUGAUUUGACCCUCUCCUCCAGUCUCAGUAUUCUGGUAGAUGGUAACCGUGUGAUAUUGACCCUCUCCUCCAGGUCUCAGUAUUCUGGUAGAUGGUAACCGUGUAUAUUGACCCUCUCCUCCAGGUCUCAUUUAUUCUGGUAGAGGGAAACCGUGUGAUAUUGACCCUCUCCUCCAGGUCUCAGUAUUCUGGUAGAUGGUAACCGUGUGAUGGAGCUGGGCUCUGCUCUACCAGCUUUCAGUAAGGUAAAGGGAGGACCCCCACUCUGCUGCAGCACUGGAGAGACUACAUCAAGGUAUUUUCUCUCCUCUGUCUCUCUCCCCCUCUCUCUGUCUGUCCCUCUCUCUCCUCUCUGUCUCUCUCUCCUCUCUGUCUCCUCCUCUCUGCCUGUCUGUCUCUCUCUCCCCCUCUGCCCUUUUCUCACUCUGAAACACUUCUAUUGAUUCCUGUCUCACUGAGGUGUCUCCAAACAGAGUUUUGGGGUUUGAGAUUGUGGGCACCCCGAGAAGGAUAAGGACAUGGUUCAAGACCUAUUUGGACUUUAAGGAUAAAUGGACAACGUGGCCCGGGCUGUUUCAACAGGAACGAGAGCUUCAUAAAUGCUAUGAAGGGGCCUUCGAAGCCUUCAUCAAAAACAGACCAACAACCUGUUUGGGGCUCAUUGGUGAGGACACGGACGCUGGGGGGUGUAAAGAGCCAGAGCAGGAGAUAUUUAAAGGGUCCUGGAAUCUUAAAAAAAAGGACUUUUGCUCCAUUGCUUAAGAUACCAGCCCAGGGCCCCACACCAGUUAUGUUUGAGUUUUUUCCUGUAUGUUUUAUCUAACUGUGGGGUCCUGUCUCUGCACAGCGAAGUACGUGGACUGUAAAUUGCGGGCGGGCAACCAGGAGGCUACAGAGGAGGACUGGAGAGAAUUCUAGACAAAUCAUGAUCAUCUUCCGCUUCAUCCAUGGGAAGGAUGUGUUUGAGGCCUUUUAUAAGAAGACCUAGCCAAACGCCUGCUGGUGGGAAAGGUGCCUCGUUGGACGCUGAGAAGCCCCUGCUGUCCAAACUCAAACACGGUAAGUUGUCCAAACGUCACAAUGUAUGAUAACGGGAUACAAUGCAGUUGAUCUCCAAAAUCACAAGUUUUGUCACCAUCACAUGUUAGGGUAUCUGUUUUGGGUGGCAAGCUUUGUCUGUGGGCGGGGCCCAGGAAAGGGACUUGUUGGUCUACCAGCCACUGUGCAGUAGAUAAAAAAUCUACCUGCCACUUCCAGUUUUUUUUAACCUUCGUUAUGUUUCUAAACAAUAAAUGUAUUACUAGUAAGCAGUGAUGUGGUAUAUUGCUAAUAUUUAUUUCAUUUUGUGACCCAAGUCUUUUAACCAAAUAUCUCAGAUGAGAAGGAUGUAAGCUGCCCCUUUUUAAGGGCGGAGGUUACGGAGGCAGCGGUGGUACUCCAGCCGCUGGAGUGGUCAUGACAGUGUGCCUGUGAGAUAUUAGACUACAUCAUCUGACUAGUAGCUGAUGUCUUCACUAGCAGUUGAAGCAAAGUCAAACAUUGAAAAACACCUAGCUUGUGAACAAAACAAUGUAAAUGGCCAAGAAACACAAGGACAAAGUCUCACUUCAUAGACUUUCCAGUAAAUUAGACAGACUUCUAUGCCUGUGUGCAGCGUGUCUAAAUCCCGUCCCCCAGCCAGGCAGGUUGCUGCGCCCGGGGGAGAUAUAAGUCUAUAAAAAAAGGGUUUUUCCCCCCCUUUCAAAUUUUUUCUUACUUUUGCAUUUUUGUGAUAUGAAUGUUAUCAAUUUCAACCAAAACCUAAUAUUAGAUAAAGGGAACAUAAGUGAACAAUAAAAACCCAAAUUACUAUUUAUUUCUAAAAAAAGAUCAACACCAACCCCUGUGUAAAAAAGAAAUUCCCCCCUUAACUCAAAAAACGGGUUGUGCCCCUUUACUGCUUUGACCCCACCAAAUCUUCCUGUAGUUGUUGAUCGUCUCACCGUGUGGGGAAAUGUUGGCCCACUCUUCCUGCAAAAAAGCUUUAACUCAUUACGUGGGGUUUUUUCAAAAUGCAUGCUGUUUUCAAGUCCGCCAAAAACACUCAAUUGGGAUUUAGGUCGGCUUUGACAGCCUUUUCCAAAACUUAAAAUUUUUUGCUUUUUUAAGAAAUUUUUUCAUGUAGACUUUUUGUGUGUUUUGGAUCAUUUCUUGCUCUACCCUUUUGCGUUCACUCACAGAGGGUUUUUGGUCUGACAUUCCCCUGUAGAAUUCCUGUCAGACAAAUUUCAGGGUUCCUUUUUAAGGCAAGUCGUCCGGGUCCUACGAAAAGGGCAUCCCCAAACCUUUACCCACCACCACCUGCUUGCCCUUUUGGUAUAUUUUCUUAGUGGAAGAAAAGAUUUGGGGUUUUCGCCAGGAAUUCGGAACCAUGUCUUCCAAAAAUUUAUAUUUUUGAAUAUCUGUCCAUAAAACGUUCUCCAAGAGUCUUGAUUAUCUCCAGGUGCUUUUUGGCAAACGAUCAACUUUUUGGACAAUGGGUCCCAUUAUCCCGGGCGAAAACCAAACACGCAUUCCACGAAAACCCCAUCUCCAAAAGGUCAAGGGGGGGGGUGGUAUGUUUGGGGGAUGCUUCUGCCCAGGCCCCGACGACUUUGCCUAAUAGAAGGAACCAGAAUUCUCUCUGUAUCAGAGAAUUCUACAGGGAAGGUCAGGGCCUCCCUGGCUGAAGCGAACGGGGGCAUGCAGCAAAAUGACCCCAAAACACACAAUCAAGUUACUGAAAAAUUGAAAAAAGGGAACAAAGGGGGGAAUUUUUUGGGAAGGGGCCCAGUCAAAGUCCAAAAACCUAACCCCAAUUGAGAUGUUUGGCGGGAUGAAACAGGGCAUUCAUGCUUAAAAAACCCACACGUCCUGGGUUUAAAAAGCAGUUCGAGGGAAAAGAGUGGGCCAACUUCCUCCACCGACGUGGAGACUGACAAAAACUACAGAAGCUUUGGUUGGAGUCUUGCGAAAAUUUUAAAACCAUUUUUGAGUGUAAAGGGGGCAAUUAUUUUUCAACAGGGAAUUGGGUUUUGCAUAACUUUUUUUUAUGAAAAAAUAUGAAUUGUUGUGUUUUUUGUUCCUUAUUUUCCCUUUUCAAUAUUAUUUUGGUUGAAGAUCUGAUAACUUUCAUAUCAAAAAUUUUCAAAUGUAGAGAAAAUUAAAAGGGGGCAAAUACUUUUUUCAUAGCAUUUUUAUAAAUUCCUAUUAUUUGGUGAUUUUUCACCAUCUAAAACAAACGAAAAACAUUUUCAAAACAGCCUGCAUUUUUAAGCAAAGGCUCAUUCUUGACUUCUAACUACAUUCUUUUUUGAAAAUGCAGGAAAGCUCGCUUUUUAAGAAAUGACCACCCCCCAACAUGCGCUGAAAUAAAAUCUUCCCCCCCCCCAAUGUAAAAAUUACCCGAUGGGUUUUUUUCAAUGUUUGACUUUGCUUCAACUGCUAUAAAAGACAUCGCAGGGGGCCCCUAUCGGGGGUUUUUGUUAAACUCAAUGGUCAUUUCCCGGGGGUUGUGACUGUAAAGCACCCCCCCAAGUCACAAUCAUCACUGUUUUACCUUAAAACCUGUUACGGGAAUGAGUGUGAGGGUUUUUGUGGUUUCCUUCCCCGCAGGUGUGGACAUGGUUCAAGACCUAUUGGACUUUAAGGAUAAGAUGGACAACGUGGCCCAGGGCUGUUUCAACAGGAACGAGAGCUUCAUCAAUGCUAUGAAGGAGGCCUUCGAAGCCUUCAUCAACAACAGACCCAACAAACCUGCUGAGCUCAUUGGUGAGGACACGAGACUGCUGUGGGUGUAAAGAGCCAGAGCAGGAGAUAUUUAAAGGGUCCUGGAAUCUUAAAACAAAGGACUUUUGCUCCAUUGCUUAAGAUACCAGUCAGGGGUCCCACACCAGUUAUGUUUGAGUGUUUCCUGUAUGUUUUAUCUAACUGGUGGUGUCCUGUCUCUGCACAGCGAAGUACGUGGACUGUAAAUUGCGGGCGGGCAACAAGGAGGCUACAGAGGAGGAGCUGGAGAGAAUUCUAGACAAGAUCAUGAUCAUCUUCCGCUUCAUCCAUGGGAAGGAUGUGUUUGAGGCCUUUUAUAAGAAGGACCUAGCCAAACGCCUGCUGGUGGGGAAGAGUGCCUCGGUGGACGCUGAGAAGUCCAUGCUGUCCAAACUCAAACACGGUAAGUUGUCCAAACGUCAACAAUGUAUGAUAACAGGAUACAAUGCAGUGAUCUCCAAAAUCACAAGUUUGUCACCAUCACAUGUUAUGGUAUCUGUGUUGUGGCAAGCUUUGUCUGUGGGCAGGGCCAGAAAGGAACUUGUUGGUCUACCAGCCACUGUGGCAGGUAGAUAAAAAAAUCUACCUGCCACUCCAGUUUUUUUAACCUUCGUUAUGUUUCUAAAACAAUAAAUGUAUUACUAGUAAGCAGUGAUGUGGUAUAUUGCUAAUAUUUAUUUCAUUUUGUGACCCAAGUCUUUUAACCAAAAUAUCUCAGAUGAGAAGGAUGUUAAGCUGCCCCUUUUAAGGGCGGGAGGUUACGGAGGCAGCGGUGGUACUCCAGCCGCUGGAGUGGUCAGUGACAGUGUGCCUGUGAGAUAUUAGACUACAUCAUCUGACUAGUAGCUGAUGUCUUCACUAGCAGUUGAAGCAAAGUCAAACAUUGAAAAACAACCUAGCUUGUGAACAAAACAUUGUAAAUGGCCAAGAAACACAAGGACAAAGUCUCACUUCAGUAGACUUUCCAGUAAAUUAGACAGACUUCUAUGCCUGUGUGCAACGCGUCUAAAUCCCAGUGCCCCCCAGCCAGGCAGUGUUGCUGCGCGUCGCGGGAGAUAUAUAUAUAUGAUUCCUAGUUCUUUGUGUGAUGUAUCUACCAUCUAUGAAACAAAACGAGAACACUUUCAAAACAGCUACUGCAGCAUUUUAUUUAGCUAUAAAUGUGCUCGUUCUUGACUUCUAACUACAUUUGUAUUUGCAAAUGCGAGUGAAAUGCUUGCGUUUUUAAGAAAUGACCACCCGCCAACAUGGCUGCUGAAAUAAACAUCUUACCCGCCAAUGUCAAAAUGUACCCGCAUAGGUUGUUUUUCAAUGUUUGACUUUGCUUCAACUGCUAGUGAAGACAUCAGCAGAGGUCAGCCUAUCGGUGGUUUGUUAAACUCAAUGGUCACUAUCUCUGGUGUGUGACUGUAGAAGCACCACCCCAAGUCACGAAGUCAUGCACUGUAUUACUGUAUAAAACCUGUUAACGGGAAGUGAGUGUGAUGGUUUGUGGCUUCCUGUCCCUGCAGAGUGUGGAGCGGCCUUCACCAGUAAGCUGGAGGGGAUGUUUAAGGACAUGGAGCUCUCCAAAGACGUCAUGAUCCAGUUCAAACAGGUUAACACACAGACUCAUCGAUAUCACUAUAGUAGUUGCUGUAAUAGAUUUACCAUCAGUGAAUCGUAGAUGACAACAUUGUCUCACGUCAGAUGGCGUCACUCCUCCGUGACACUCGUCCCUCAACCGAUCUGUCUUGUAAACUUGGAACUCGUAUUUGAAUAUUGAGCGUCCGCCAUUAAAAUCAAAACAUACUGUAGUUCCUAAUCACUGCGCUCUCGUAUGACUCCAUGAAAUCGGAAGAAUAGCUAGCUAAAUUAGUACAAAAAUGUUGUGACAGGGAUUUAAUAGUUUGCAAUUGUGAGAAAAUAAAAACAAACCGGUAGCUAUCUCCUGUACAAGUUUUGUGCCAGGACAUUGGUCGCUAGUGCCGUGACUUUCAGCUGUGGAGCUGUUGUAGCUAGCUAGCUAGCUAGCUAGCUAGCUAGCUUACUGACAUGGUUAGCUAGCUAGCUUACUGACAUGGUAGCUAGCUAGCUUACUGACAUGGUUAGCUAGCUAGCUUACUGACAUGGUUAGCUAGCUAGCUUACUGACAUGGUUAGCUAGCUCUUCCUUCACUUACAUAAAAAGCUUGCUUAGCCUGUUUUAAAUUACCCUGAAGUUGUAGACCUGCAGCCACACAAUUAAGAGGAACUGACUUAUCAGUAAUCAGUCCGUAGAUCAACAAGUUUCUCUGUGAAUGUAUCGUUGGGUCAGAUGAGCAUAGCAGCUGACUCUGGAGGCUACUGCAAUGACUGGUGGCAGAACAACAGCUGCUUCAUCAAAACUCAUCAUAAUGUUAGCAUUAGCUCUACUAGUUCCAGACUGUUCUUUACACACCGUUUUCCAAGAAAUUAAGGAUUUGACUUUCUCCCACUACAGGACAUUAAUGUAUUGAAUAAGGUUGCCUCCCCCAGUACAUGAAUGUAUUGAAUCAGGUUGUCUGUCUCCUUCAGUACACCCAGAACCAGAGUGAGCCCAGCCAGAUGGAGCUGACGGUCAACAUCCUCACCAUGGGCUACUGGCCCUCAUACACUCCUAUGGAGGUCCACCUGCCCCCUGAGGUCUGUCUGUCUGUGUGUGGUUGGGUGGUGUGUGUAUGCUAGCAAAAAGUAUUGCAGGAUGUGUAAAUCUAAUCUGAGUGUUGGUUAGGUUUUUAUGAAGCAUAGAUAAAGUUUCUAUGCCCCCUCUCCCCCCAGAUGGUGAAGCUCCAGGAGGUAUUCAAGCUGUUCUAUCUGGGGAAACACAGUGGCAGGAAGCUCCAGUGGCAGCCCACCCUGGGCCACGCUGUUCUGAAGACUGAGUUUAAAGAGGUGCGAGUGAAAGGACCAGAGCAACACUGUCCUAGAAGAUGGACAGCUUUUUUUGUUUCAAAUUUCUAAUGCGUCUUUCACAAGAAGAAGCUGCGGGUGUCUGUUCUAGACGCGUCUCAAUAACUGUGUGCGUCUGUCUACAGGGUAAGAAGGAGCUGCAAGUGUCUCUGUUCCAGACGUUGGUACUACUGAUGUUCAACGAGGGGGAGGAGUUCAGCAUGGAGGAGAUCAAAUCAGCCACUGGCAUAGGUACAGCUUCUCCUCUGUCUGUCUUCAUAGGUACAGCUUUUCUUUCUCUUCUUCUUUCUUUCAUCAUAGGUGCAGCUUCUCUUUCUCUCGAUUACAUUUAUUAGGAUCCCCUUUAGCCAAUGGCGACAGCUAUUCUUACUGGGGCCCGACACAUAAUGAAAAAGACAUUACAGACAAAAUACUUUACAAUUUACAGACAUUUAAAAACAUUAACAUGUAGUGUGUGUGCGCGUCUAUCAGUUCCACAUAUAGUUGAAGUCGGAAGUUUACAUACACUUAGGUUGGAGUUAUUAAAACUCGUUUUUCAACCACUCCACAAAUUUCUUGUUAACAAACUAUAGUUUUGGCAAGUCGGUAAGGACAUCUACUUUGUGCAGGACACAAGUAAUUUUUCCAACAAUUGUUUACAGACAGAUUAUUUCACUUAUAAUUCACUGUAUCAUCAAUCCCAGAACAACAGCAAAGGACCUUGUGAAGAUGCUGGAGGAAACAGGUACAAAAGUAUCUAAAUCCACAGUAAAACGAGUCCUAUAUCGACAUAACCUGAAAGGCCGCUCAGCAAGGAAGAAGCCACUGCUCCAAAACCGCCAUAAAAAAGCCAGACUACGGUUUGCAACUGCACAUGGGGACAAAGAUCGUACUUUUUGGAGAAAUGUCCUCUGGUCUGAUGAAACAAAAAUAGAACUGUUUACCCAUAAUGACCAUCGUUAUGUUUGGAGUAAAAAGGGGGUUGCUUGUAAGCCGAAGAACACCAUCCCAACCAUGAAGCACAGGGUGGCAGCAUCAUGCUGUCGGGGUGCUUUGCUGCAGGAGGGACUGGUGCACUUCACAAAAUAGAUGGCAUCAUGAGGAAGGAAAAUUAUGUGGAUAUAUUGAAGUAACAUCUCAAGACACCAGUCUGGAAGUUAAAGCUUGGUCGCAAAUGGGUCUUCCAAAUGGACAAUGACCCCAAGCAUACUUCCAAAGUUGUGGCAAAAUGGCUUAAGGACAACAAAGUCAAGGUAUUGGAGUGGCCAUCACAAAGCCCUGACCUCAAUCCUAUAGAAAAUGUGUGGGCAGAACUGAGAAAGCGUGUGCGAGCAAGGAGGCCUACAAACCUGACAGUUACACCAGCUCUGUCAGGAGGAAUGGGCCAAAAUUCACCCAACUUAUUGUGGGAAGCUUGUGGAAGGCUAUCCGAAACGUUUGGCCCAAGUUAAACAAUUUAAAGGCAAUGCUACCAAAUACUAAUUGAGUGUAUGUAAACUUCUGACCCACUGGGAAUGUGAUGAAAGAAAUAAAAGCUGAAAUAAAUAAUUCUCUCUACUAUUAUUCUGACAUUUCACAUUUCUUAAAAUAAAGUGAUGAUCCUAACUGACCUAAGACAGGGAAUUUUGACUAGGAUUAAAUGUCAGGAAUUGUGAAACUGAGUUUAAAUGUAUUUGGCUAAGGUGCAUGUAAACUUCUGGCUUCAACUGUACAUCAUACGUCAGUACAUACACACAACAAGUAGGUCACAUGGGGAGAGGCGUUGUGCCGCGAGCUGUUGCUUUAUUUGUUUUUUAAACCAGGUUUGCUGUUCACUUGCGCUAUUUAAGACGGGCGUUCCAUGCACUCAUGGCUCUGUAUAAUACUGUACGUUUCCUUGAAUUUGUUCUGGACCUGGGGACUGUGAAAAGACAGCCGGUGGCAUUUCUGGUGGGGUAAGUGUGUGUGUCAGUGCUGUAUGUAAGUUGACUAUGCAAACCAUUUGGUAUUUCCAACACAAUGUGUUUUUAUAAAAACAAGAAGUGAUGCAGUCAGUCUCCUCAACUCUUAGCCAAGAGAGACUGGCAUGCAUAGUAUUUAUAUCAGCCCUCUGAUUACAAUGAAGAGCAAGACGUGCCGCUCUGUUCUAGGCCAGCUGCAGCUUAAAUAGGUCUUUCUUUGCAGCACUGGACCACAUGACUGGACAAUAAUCAAGAUAAAAGCAGAGCAUCAAUUACGGACAGACCUCUCCCCAUCUUUACAACCAUUGAAUCUAUAUGUUUUGACCAUGACAGUUUACAAUCUAAGGUAACACCAAGUAAUUUAGUCUCCUGAACUUGUUCAACAACCACACCAUUCAUUACCAGAUUCAGCUGAGGUCUAGAACUUAGGGAAUUAUUUAAACCAAAUACGAUGCUCUUAGUUUUAGAGAUGUUCAGGACCAGUUUAUUACUGGCCACCGAUUCCAAAACAGACUGCAACUCUUUCUUAAGGGUUUCAGUAACUUCAUUGGCUGUGGUUGCUGAUGCGUAUAUGGUUGAAUCAUCAGCGUACAUUGACACACAUGCUUUGUUUUAAUGCCAGUGGCAGGUCAUUGGUAAACAUAUACUGAAAAAACAUGUUCAUGCAACACUUUCAAUGAUUUUACGGAGUUACAGUUCAUAUAAGGAAAUCAGUCAAUUAAAAUCAAAUAAAUUCAUUAGGCCCUAAUCUAUGGAUUUCACGACUGGGCAGGGGCGGAGCCAGGCCCAGCCAAUCUGAAUGAGUUUUUCCCCACAAAAGGGCUUUAUUACAGACCGAAAUACUCCUCAGUUUCAUCAGCUGUCCUGGUGGCUGGUCUCAGACGAUCCAGCAGGUGAAGCCAGAUGUGGCGGUCUUGGGCUGGCGUGGUUACAGGUGGUCUGCGGUUGUGAGGCCAGUUGGACGUACUGCCAAAUUUUCUAAAACAACGUUGGGUGCAGUUUAUGGUAGAGAAAUGAACAUUUCAUUAUCUGGCAACAGCUCUGGUGGAUAUUCCUGCAGUCAGCAUUACAAUUGCAUGCUCCCUUAACUUGAGACACCUGUGAUAUUGUGUUGUGACACAACUGUACAUUUUAGAGUGGCCUUUUAUUGUCCCCAGCACAAGGUGCACCUGUGUAAUGAUCAUGCUGUUUAAUCAGCUUCUUGAUAUGCCACACCUGUCAGGUGGAUGGAUUAUCUUGGCGAAGGAGAAAUGUUCACUAAUGGGGAUGUAAACAAAUUUGAGCACAAUCUGAGAGAAAUAAGCUUUUGUGCAUAUGGAACAUUUCUGGGGUCUUAUUUCAGCGCAUGAAACAUUGGACUAAACACUUUACAUGUUGCGUUUUUAUAUUUUUGUUCAAUAUAGAAAAGAGUAGAGGGCCUAGAGUGCUGCCCUGCGGAACACCACACUUUACAUGUUUGACGUUAGAAGCUUCCAUUAAAGAACCAUCUGAGUUCUAUUAGAUGGCUCUGAAUCCACGAUGAAAAGCCAUAACACACACGUUUUCUCAACAACAGGUUAUGGUCAAUCAUGUCAAAGGCUGCACUGAAAUCUAACAGUACAGCUCCCACAAUCUUCUCAUUAUCAAUUUCUUUCAACCAAUCAGUGAUUUGUCAGUGCAGUACAUGUUGAGUGCCCUUCUAGUCACCUUUUUCUCUCUCUACAUUCAUCUCAUUGCAUAUUUGGGGUCAAUAACAUUUCGGCUCAUUCAUGAAAUGCAUGUAAUUUCCCCAUUUUAAACUUGAUGAAAGGAAGUAGUGUAACCGUGAUCUGUGUCCCCCUUCCGUCCCCAGAGGAGGGUGAGUUGAGGCGUACCCUGCAGUCUCUGGCCUGUGGGAAGGCGCGCGUCCUCAAUAAGAGUCCCCGGGGGAAGGACAUAGAGGACGGAGACCGCUUCAACUUCAACAACGACUUCAGACACAAACUGUUCCGCAUCAAGAUCAACCAGAUUCAGAUGAAGGAAACGGUAGGGUUUACACCUCUCUCUCGCUCUGAAGGAAACUGUAGGGUUAACACCGCGCUCUGAAGGAAACGGUAGGGUUAACACCGCGCCCUGAAGGAAACGGUAGGGUUAACACCGCGCUCUGAAGGAAACGGUAGGGUUAACACCGCGCUCUGAAGGAAACGGUAGGGUUAACGCCGCUCUCUGAAGGAAACGGUAGGGUUAACGCCGCUCUCUGAAGGAAACGGUAGGGUUAACACCGCUCUCACCCCUCUUAUUCUGUCAUUCCUACACAACGUUGUGUCAAGUCUGUGCCUGCCUACAGAAAGGACUGCUGACUCCUCUAAUCAUUACAUUUUUUACAUUUUAGUCAUUUAGCAGACGCUCUUAUCCAGAGCGACUUACAGUUAGUGAAUGCAUACAUAAUUUUUUUCCCAACCCUCUGUGGGAAUCGAACCCACAACCCUGGCGUUGCAAACGCCAUGCUCUACCAACUGAGCUACAUCCCUGCCGGCCAUUCCCUCCCCUACCAUGGACGACGCUGGGCCAAUUGUGCGCCGCCCCAUGGGUCAUAAUUACUAUCUGUUAUAUCAGACUAACUCAUCCAUAUAAUGGGGCUUUCCCCUGAGGGUUGACACCUCAUCAAGUUCCCGUCAUUAAAUCUUAUUGCGUAAGUUUUGAGUUCCACCCUUUCGUCAUUGGAGGUAGUGUGGCCAGCAUGCGUCCACACAGUCAACUCUAGGGUUGGAGUCAUUUUAAUUCAGGAAGUGAAACGUUCACAGAAAAUAAAUGUGGAGUUACAUUUCUGUGUGUUUCUGUUUCUGUGUGUCUCUGUUCAUGCGUCUGUGUGUGUGUCCAGGUUGAGGAGCAGGUGAGCACCACUGAGCGUGUGUUCCAGGACAGACAGUACCAGAUAGACGCGGCCGUGGUCCGCAUCAUGAAGAUGAGGAAAACCCUGAGCCACAACCUGCUGGUGUCAGAACUGUACAACCAGCUCAAGUUCCCCGUCAAGGUACUCUCUUUCUUUCUUUCGCUUUUGUUUUUUCCUACCCUGAAAUAUAGCCACAAAACAGGCACACAUCAAGUAAACUGCACUGCACACCCACCCACAGCUCUAGGCUGCACACCCACCCACAGCUCUAGGCUGCACACCCACCCACAGCUCUAGGCUGCACACCCACCCACAGCUCUAGGCUGCACACCCACCCACAGCUCUAGGCUGCACACCCACCCACAGCUCUAGGCUGCACACCCACCCACAGCUCUAAGCUACACACCCACCCACAGCUCUAAGCUACACACCCUUCAGUGUCAUUCCUCUGUGUGUUCUCUCCUCAGCCUGGAGACCUAAAGAAGCGGAUUGAGUCGCUGAUUGACAGAGACUACAUGGAGAGAGACAAGGAGAGUCCCAACCAGUACCACUAUGUGGCCUGAGGGGGUCGCCACCUCCAUCCUCACCACUCCUCCGGUGCCCUGCCAGUGGGCUCAGCAAGUUGGCAUCAGCUGACCCUGAUAUAGCCCCGCCCCGCCUCUCCUUGACCUGCCCCACCCCCUCAUCGCCCCUCCCCCCCUGCUUCUGGGGCCCAGCUCAGAGAGGGCCAGUCUGGAGGCCAGAGCCCCACCUGGUCCUGCACCAGCCCAGCCAACACCACCCUCAGGGGGGACUCAGAGCAGGGCAGGCUGGGUCGUGGGGCUGGAGGAGUCUGUCUGGUGGGUGGGAGACGGCCGGCACAAAUAUCCGCUGA